GGGCGGGAGGCGGCUUCGCCCCUGCCGUGAGCGGCGGAGGGGCCCGCGCUCCACUCGGCUUCCCUUUUGUCGCAGUCCCGCUCCCUCCCUCCGCCUCAGGGGAGGCGCUGCCCCGCCGGGCCUGCAGUGGCGGGAAGGCAGCGGCGCGCUCCCCGCCUCGGGCGGCCUCCUGGGGCGGUGGGACCGGGCAGCUGCGGUGCUCGGACGGGUGCUCCUGGGGGAGCGGUUGACAGCACCUUUUGUUAGAAGAAGGUGCGAUAUACACCGUAUUGCUGUAUUUGAAUGACAGAAGGGAUUCAGUUGCAGUCAUACCGCUUCAAUCCUCGAAAUACAAUCAAGGCUCCAGACACCGUCAAGACUCGGUGACCAGGGGAUGGAUUACUGAAGAUAAUGCUUUGCUGUGCUGUACUCGAGGGCAUGUACGGCUGAAAGCGUAGGACCCCUUCCCUGGAGGCAGGCCACCGCUCUUCUCUUUCCCACCAUGUGACCCAGCACACCUGCACAGCAAAUAGUUUCCUGUUCUAAAGGUCGAUACCACAAUUAUUUUUUUUCCCUCAGUACGUAUGUAUGAGAAAAUAAUGAGCACAUGUCGAUGGUGCACACUUAGUGGUUCUGACACCACUGAGUUCCUGAAGAGCUAUGCUUCUAAACGGUUGUCCCCGGAAGAUCUUGAAGGAUCCAGUGAUGAUCUCUGUUACUGCUUGGAGUGUGUGGUUGAAUACCACAAAGCAAAGGAAAAAUUGCCAAGGUUGCAUGAGGUCUUGUGGGAGCUGGAAACCUCCCGUCUUGUUGCCCACAUUGAGAAAUCCAUGCAAGAAGAAGCUGGAGAUGAUGAUGAGUUGUUUAUAGUGGAUGAGAAUGGAGACACACAACUCUCUGGUUAUGUGGGCCCAGAUUUUGAAAAUAACCUGCGAGUGCCCCUUAUAGAAAUGCUGAAAUACCCAUAUCUGCUGCUGCAUGAGAGAGUCGCUGAGCUGUGUGUAGAAGUGCUCUGUAGAAUGGAACAAAGUCACUGCUCCUUUCAGGUCUUUGAGAAAUAUGCGGGAAUUUAUCUCUUUUUGGUACACCCAAAUGAACUGAUUCGUCGAUGGGCCAUCCUAACAGCAAGGAAUUUAGGGAAGGUUGACAGGGAUGAUUACUAUGACCUACAGGAAGUGCUGACUUGCUUGUUCAGAGUUAUUGAGUUGGGGCUUUUUGAGAGGCCAGAUAUUUACAGCUCUUCAGUGGUUGAGAAGGGUAAACUCAUCCUUCUGCCAUCUCAUUUGUAUGAUACUGCCAACUACAAGAACUAUUGGCUAGGGAUUUGUAUGUUGCUGACAGUGCUGGAAGAACAAGCUAUGGACUCCUUGUUACUGGGCCCAGACAAACAAAAUGAUUUCAUGCAGUCUAUACUUCACACCAUGGAGAAAGAAGCAGCUGAUGAUUCUGCUGACCCCUUCUGGCCUGCGCUGCAUUGUUUCAUGGUUAUUUUGGAUCAGCUCGGAUCUAAAGUAUGGGGUCAGCUUAUUGAUCCUGUCCAAGCCUUUCAAACCAUUAUCAACAGUGUGAGCUACAACAAUGAAAUAAGAAAUAUACGCAGUAGCUUUAAGAGGAUGAAAUCUGAACCGGAGUCAGACUGUGGUGAUGACAUGGUUACUUGCAGUCAGAUGGUGUAUAAUUAUAACACAGAAAAGCCCCAAAAGGAUACUGGCUGGAAGACAGCCAUUUGUCCAGACUACUGCCCCAACAUGUACGAAGACAUGCAAACACUGGCUAAUGUGCUUCAGUCUGAUAUUGGCAGAGAGAUGCGUGUCCAUCACAGCACGUUUCUGUGGUUCAUCCCUUUUGUUCAGUCACUUAUGGAUCUCAAGGACUUGGGUGUAGCAUAUAUAGUAGAGGUCAUUCACUACCUCUGCUCAGAAAUCAGAGGUAUUCUCAAUGAAAGAAUGCAGCAGUGUGACAAAAUCUCUGAAUUUUUUCUCCUGAUCUUGGUGUCGAUUAUUGAACUACACAGAAAUAAAAAGUGCCUGCAUUUGCUGUGGAUUAGCUCCCAAGAAUGGGUGGAAGCAGUGGUGAGAUGUGCUAAGCUUCCAGGUAUAGCAUUUACACGGUGCACUGAAAAAGCAUCUGGACACUAUGCAAGAGGUUCAUCAGCAGUAUCUUUACAAGCCUCUAACUCUGUGCAGCAUGCCUGCGUGCAGUUGAUACGGAGCCUUCUUAAAGAAGGCUAUCAACUUGGGCAGCAUACUCUUUGCAAGCAAUACCUAGACAAACUCAAUCUUCUUUUGCGAGCAAAUCUAUCUUCAGGUUGGCAGCUGAACAUCCAGGAAACCCAGGAAUUACAAAUGUGUUUAAGGCAAGUUAUAAGAAGUAUAAAGGACAAAGUAUUGAAUACCUCCAUGUCUGUAGGAAACACAAACUCUACCACUUUGCCUGCCGCCUCUAUAAAGCAAGAGAGGAGUGUAUAUAGUGAUGGAUUUGAGAUGGGUGCACACAGCAGAGAUGACCUUUGUUCACCAUUUGUUGCUGUAUGGAAGGAAGGCAGAGGUGGAGAUUCUAGAGAGAACCCUUUCCCUAGAAGAGAGACUGCCUGGGAAGAGGAAUGUAGAGAUGCAUUUAAAAGUUCAAGAUCUUGGACACCCACAGAUAUGAAUAUUAAAAAGGAAUGUAAUGACUUCACAAUGUGGGAAUAUGUCUGCCCGCAGGACUCUUUGGCACCUAAAAUAUGUGGGAAAGUUAAGGAAAAUAGAAACAGUGACCUUGUGGUAAGGCAAAGUGAUACAGAUAAUCAGUGCUUUAAUCCAAGCGCCCAGCAUUCAGAUUUCAGAAGAGAAGAGUCGGGAAACAAAUGUGAAGCAGCAUCCAUAACACCAAUGCAUCUGGCUGCUCAAACUCAUAUUGGUUCUCCAGAACGUGUUUAUAGCUCAGAUGUAAAGGAAAGCAGUAUGUCUCCCAGUUCCUCUUCAAAGUUUAAAGUAGAUGCACAUAAGCUUGCGAAUUUGAAAGACAAAGUACAGAAAAUCAAAUGGCCCUCGGAAUUACUGAAGCCAGCAAAGCCAUGUGACUUAAAAAAAUCCCAUUUAGCAACAAGUGCUUCAAAAGCAGAGGUAGAGCAAUCUAAGUUUAGCACUGACUACAUGUGUACAAGCAAAGAUAAACAUCAGGGAGUGAAUACAUCAUGUGGAAAUGAAAUCUCUGUUGAUAGUUCAUCUUCAAGGAGUUAUGAAAGUACACAGGAGAAGAGUGUUAGCAGUGCUUUUCAAUCCGGACUGGUCCUCACUAAACAGGUAUCAAAAGAAACACCACUAGAUUGCUCUAGCUCCUCUAAAAAUGUACCUGGUGUGGAGGAAAAUGAAGAUGGCAGUAUUUUGCUUCCAGAAAUUAGUGACACCUCACUGAAAAAAGUAGCCACUGAAGAAAAAUCAGUGUUGAAGUCUCUGUUUAAGAAAGACACUGACAUGCAAACUUCAGACUGGGGACAGCCUAAUCUAAAUGACUUGGUUAAUUAUGACUGUAAAGGUCAAAUUUCAAAGACAUUUUGUAUGGAUAAAACUUCAGGAAAUGGUUGUGUUCCAUCUAGCUCUGAAAACAAGAGGGAUAUAUCCAACUCUGCUUCUCAGAUCAGGCCACUGUCAGUGAAGUGUGAAUCAAGUGACAGGUUAUUUGAAUUUUCAGAAUAUUUCAAGAGAGAAAAUUCAGUGGGGAAGGAGGAGGAGGAUUUUGCGAAGAUGGAUUCUGAAGAUAAUUUAACAGAUUCCCAGGUUGAUAGAGAACUCAGUAAAUUAGCUGCGCAUGCUAGAGGUGUUGAUUUUCCUUUUGAUGCAAACCAAGAAACCUCAGUGCCUCAAAAUAUUUGUGGUAUUAAAAGGAAAGUGAAAGGUGCUGUAAGAUCUUCCAGUGAUGACCAGGGUACCAAGUCUCCCUGUGAUACCGAUAGCCUUGACAAUCAAGUCAUUAUAAUUUCAGACUCUUCCGAUGAAGAAGAAAAAGGUGUGGCUGACAAGGAGGAAACAAAAAAAAGGAAUGAAAAUGUGUGUUCUGAAAAGCAGCCUUCAACUUCCAGCUGCAUUUCUGAUAGUGGUAACAAAACAAAAGCAAAGGCUCCAAACUCUCCCUUGUUACUGGAAGACUGUGAGUCUCAGUACUUUGAAUUUGAAACAGAAGAUGAUGUCUUUUCGGUUUGGCAAGAUACUCAAGUGUAUAGUAUGGAAGAAACUCAAGAGUAUAAACAAGAUCGUGUUUUGACAUCGGUUGAUAGAAGUAGUUCAGAUGUCUUAGUGAAUGAUCACACAAAUGAAUGGGGUUAUGAUAUGGAUUACAUGAGCGAUGAUACCAUGGAAGAGGCAGCGAACUUGACAGAAAAGCAGGUAGAAAACAUUUCUCAUGAGAAAGAAGCUGAUAAUACAAAACUAACUAAUUCAACGUUGGAAGAAUCUGUUAGUAAGGGAAGUCCAAAAGGUCAACUGGAGAAUUUUGCAGACAAAGGUACUGUUGCUAAAGACUUCACCCUGGACUCAAAAGUGACUGAACACAGAGCAUCUACAUCUAAUGUCUCAUUAGCUUCAAAAUUGGCCCUUAAGAAAAGUAGCAUGAGCCCACGGAAGAAAAUAGCGAAAUCUGAGAUAGCAAGAACCAGUCAAAGAAGUCCUAAAAAGCCUCCUGUUCUUAAAACAGCACAAAAUAAAUUACUUCAAAGUACAUCAAAAAAUUCACAACCUGGUAGGUUAAUGCCUGCUGUGGUUCCUCCAAGGAAAGUUCGGCAGCGUCCUGCACCAGCAUCAACUGUAGAAAAACUUGGUCUGAAGAAGGCACCCCGCAAAGCAUUUGAAUUAUCCCAGAGGUCUUUAGAUAGUGUAGCUGCAUUGCGCAGCCAUGGUAAAGCUGCAGGGAGAGUUGGAGUUGCACAGAAACAGAAGACUAAGCUAAUUGCUCCUCAGACUUUGUCUGUAAAGCACAAUAAAAAAUUACUAGCCUGCCAAGACCGUCAGUUUUUAAGGCAGAUAAGGCCCCAAAAGAGCGUCAGAGUGAAAAGUCCUGCAGCAAGUUCUGAGAGUAGAAGUAAAAACGUUAGCAAAGUGAAUACAAAAUCUAUGAAACAAAUGCCUAAAAGUUUUGAACUGGCAUCUGUUGAAAGAUCUGUCAAAAACCAAAGAGAGAAAAAAAGGGAGGAGACAGUUUGUCCCUCUGCCAGUGAGAGAAAAUUUGAAAGUCUGUCUGUGAAGGAGACAUAUGUCUCUAGAAUGCCAUGUUCUUCAGACUCAAACAGAAAAUUGGAGGAUAGCAGUAUGAUGGUUCCUCCUGUAUCUAGGGAUUCAAGUCUCUCUUCAGCUGCACUUGUUGGAGAUAAAGAUGAACCUUCAGGAGAAGGUUGCAUUGUGCAGCCUGAGAGUGAGACGACAACUUCAGAAGAAAAUGGAAGUAAACCAAAUGAAAACAGGGAGGAUGAUGAUAGUUUAUUUUUAACUCAGUUAGAUCCUAUAGAUAUGGACUUGUGUUCUCAGGAGGAAAGUGUUCAAGAUUAUACUGUAGCUAGUAAAAAGCCAGAGGAAAUGGAUACUGCUGAAAGACUUCAGCAGGAUGAAUCCUCGACUCCUGUGAAAUCGAAGUACAAAGACUGUGUGGAAAAAGCAGGAGAGGGCUCUAGUAACCAUCCAGGCACCAGCUCAGAAACAGAUCACUUGUUUGCCAAACCCUCUCUCCUGCCACCUUCUAAAACAAGAAAGCCUUCCACUACCAAAACUUUCAGCUCAUCAAGUUCUUCACGGAAUGCAGCCUUCAGCAAGGAUCUCGAAGAUGUUAAAAAGCCACCAUCGGCUUCAAAAAGCAAACUGAAUGCAGCAAAACCAGUGGCGGCCAGGCCACCAAAUGCAAUGGCCAUACCAGCAGGAAAUCAAACAUCCAGGUCUCCAAGUCCCAGUAAAGUACUUCAACCCCAUAGUUCUAAUAAUGUUCUCUGGUCACAAAAUAGACAGAAUGACAAUGCUUCAAAUAUUUCCCGAAGGCCUGCCCCAGAAGCACGUUCUAACUUUCUUGAUAGUCAGCAGCGUGAAAGAUUGUUUUAUGAUGUAAUUCUGCACUGGACUUAUGAAAUGUUUACCUACGCCAGCCAGGUUGGAACUCCAGUUAAUCUGCAUUCUGUAGUACACUCUGUUCCUGUCCGGUUUCGGGGAUACGAUGAGUAUUUUAGUACGUUUUUCCCCUUGAUGAUGCUAAAUGCCUUUGAAACGCUGGUGCAAGACUGGAUGGAAAAUCAGAGAGCAGAAGAGAAGAGUUACUACUUCUACUUACAGAACUUCUGGGCUCACACAAAUACGGCAAAUUUUACAGCUUACUUUCAAGAAAGUGAUUUGGCAAGGCAGCUUCAUCCAAAGGAGGAUGACUUAAUUUUUUUUGUGGUACAAAAGAAAAAAGACACCCUUAAGGAAGAAAGUGAGAUGGAGAACCAUACAAUGAAUUACGUUGGUCUUGUGAGACGAUUUUCUCGUGCAUCUGGCUGUUCAGCUAGACAAAAGGAUCAGCAUACUCUCUGUCAUCUUUGUGUGGAAACUCAAAGCAAUUUGUCAUUCUUCAUAAAUAAGAAAGUGAAGUGUGUGGUGGUUGGCUCCCUGGUUACCACACGCCGAACAUUCAAAGGUCUAAACCUACUGCCCAAGAGUUUCUUGGCUAAAUCCAUCAUGGAUCCAAAUUACAGUGACUUCUGUCCCAGAGGUUUGCCCGUAGCUUCAGAAAGUGCUGCAUCAGAUAUGAAUGAAUACAAUGAAGAUCAGAAGAGAGCCAUUGAGACAGCUUAUGCUAUAGUAAAGGAACAUCCAGUGCUUCCCAAGAUUUGCCUCAUCCACGGACCACCUGGAACAGGGAAAUCAAAAACUAUUGUUGGACUUCUGUCUCGUGUUUUGAGAGAAAACACUAGGAAUGAAAAGACAACUCAAAGAGUAAGUUCCAAGAUCAAGCCAAACCGAUUUCUAGUUUGUGCACCAUCAAAUGCUGCUGUUGAUGAACUCAUGAAAAAGAUCAUCAUUGCAUUUAAGGAAAAAUGCCAAAACAAGCAGGAGCCUUUGGGAAAUUGUGGUGAUAUCAAAUUAGUGCGACUUGGUGCUGAAAAAGCAAUCAACAGUGAAGUCCGGGGAUUUAGCCUGGAUAAGCAAGUUGAACACAGAAUGAAACGAAAGCCAACUGAGUGUGACCAGGAUAUUCAGAAGAAAAAAGCAGCUCUGGAUCAAAAACUGGAUAUGCUGUCUCGUCAGCGUGCCAUGCGCAGAUGUGAGAGGAGGGAGAGUCAAAUGUUAGAUGAUGAAAUUGGCAGACUUUCAAAGGAGAGACAACAGCUUGCUUCUCAACUAAAGGAGGUUCGGGGGCACUCUCAGAAAGUACAGACAGAUAUCCUCUUGGAGUCCGACAUCAUCUGCUGCACUCUGAGCACAAGUGGAGGAAGUCUGCUGGAAGGUGCUUUUUGGCCGCAAAGACACUGUCCUUUCAGCUGUGUCAUUGUGGAUGAGGCAGGGCAGUCCUGUGAGGUUGAAACGCUGAUUCCACUGUUGCAUUACUGUUCUAAACUUGUCCUUGUUGGAGAUCCCAGACAGCUCCCUCCUACUGUAAAAUCAAUAAAAGCUCAGGAAUGUGGCUACGGCCAGUCCUUGAUGGCACGCCUGCACAAGCACCUAGAGGAGCAAGUGCAGCAGAACUUUUUGCGAAGCCUGCCGGUCGUGCAGCUGACGGUGCAGUACAGGAUGCAUCCUGACAUCUGCCUCUUCCCAUCCAAUUAUGUUUAUGGCAGGACUCUAAAGACUGACAAAGCAACAGAAGAGAACAGAUGUUCUUCAGACUGGCCGUUCCAGCCCUACCUUAUUUUUGAUGUAGGAGACGGUCGUGAGGAGCGAGACAAUGACUCUUUUAGUAAUCCUCAGGAAGUGAAGCUGGUGAUGGAAUUAAUUAGAACAAUUAAAGAAAAAAGGAAGGAUCUGGGAGUUCGUCGCAUUGGAAUAAUUACCCCUUACAGCGCGCAGAAAAAGAAAAUUCAAGAACAACUGGACAGAGUGUUUAGAAAUAACAGCCCAGGAGAAGUGGAUACAGUGGAUGCAUUCCAGGGACGAGAGAAAGACUGCAUCAUAGUGACAUGUGUCCGGGCAAACAGCACCAAAGGGUCAAUUGGAUUUCUGGCAAGUCUUCAGCGUCUGAACGUUACAAUUACUCGAGCCAGAUUCAGCCUCUUCAUCCUUGGAAGACUGAAAACGCUGAUGGAAAAUAAAGACUGGAAUCAGUUGAUUCAGGAUGCUCAGAAGAGAGGUGCCAUUAUCAAGACAUCAGAAAAAAACUACAGGAAAGAUGCUGUUAAGAUUUUGAAGAUCAAGGCAGCAGUACAGCCCCCAACCAAAGCAGGAGGGACAAAACCACCUCCUCCAUGGCAGGCUGGUUCUUCCCGUAGCAAGAGGGGUGAGUUUGCAGAUGCAAGGGAGGCCAGUAGCCCACGGGAGCUCGCUGCUGGCCACAUGGCACUACAGGGAAGCAGAGGGCCCCAGCAGGUGCAGGGUGCACAGGCUGCAGACUCCAGGAGAGGCAGUGCCUCUGCAUGCAGGGAGGCUGCAGCGCUUCCUGCUGAUAAACCGCGGGACCCGAGGCUGGUGAGCAUGGCCACUAGAACUGAAACACAAGGGAAGGAGCAGGUCUCAAAGGACAGCAGUUGGUCAGCACAGAGCAACCCAGGGUCAACGUCACAGCAAGGCCUCAGGGAUCAGAUUUCUGGAAAAGAAACAUCUAAGAAGCCCCAGCAAAAAACGGGACGGUGCGACGUGGCUUCAACGUCGUCUUACGCGGCUCGGCGCGAGGGUGGCUGGAGAGCUCCUGUAUUGAGAAACAGUUCAAGAGCCCUCAGUGAGGGAGGUCAAAGUAAUAGCAGCAAGACGGACAAAGACUAUCGUGGUUUAACGAGGAGAACACCAGAGGAAUUGCCAGAGAACACAGAAUCAAUCAGUGCCAAGCGAAGAAAGACCUCUCAGUGACUUUAGUAUUGGCUCAUUACUGAAAAUCUAUUCACAGAUUUCUGUCUAGUAAGGACUGCAUUUUAUAUUAUUUAGUACACCUGGAACUCCCUUAUAUUGGUACCACCACUGUCAGUAGAUCCCUCUUUCCCAUCUUGCCCUAAUUGCGAAGGGAACUUUAUACCUGACAGUUGAUAGCUUUGAGCUUUUGAAAAGAAAAGCUGGGUAGCUGCAUUGCUUGGAAGAGCAGUGAAUUUUUGUAAUCUAGGAAGUUACGGUUGUAGAUGUUUAAUGAUGUAUAUUUGUACAGUAUACAAAAUUAUUUUAAGUUUAAAUUGGCAAAUACAUAGCUGCUUCUUUCCUUGUGCAAAUGCUAGUUUCUUAGUGAUGUAAUUUUUUAUGAAGAACCAGAGCAAAGCAAAAAAGCCCCAGCAAUGCUCUCCCAAACAAAAAACAAAAAAAAACAAAAAAAACCCAAGUCCAAAAAACCAGCCAGACUACUUUUUCCCUUUGCACUAGUAAGUCUAAUUUAUUUGAUGGCAAAGAGUGAAUGUUGAAAAUGUGGUAGCAGUGAUUCUUCCUCAUGCUCCACUAGUGCCUCAGGAAAGACUGAAGGCAGAUGUACAUUGGUUGAAUGGAGAGAAUUCUACUUAUUUUAUAUUUUUUUUAUUGCCUGUUCUUAUAGGAACAGAAGAGCUUUCAUUUAUACAAAUGUGCCUUGAGUUUUGCUCUUGCUGUAGCUUCAUCAGUUGGAAUCCUUGUUGCAGUGGCAACACAAACUGCAGAUUAAAGGCUACGAGGUCUGUUUGGUCCCAGUGAGUCCGUGUGAGGAAUAAUCAACAGCACUGUGGAAUCUUAGUCAAAGACCUAGUUAACACUUGCUGAUAAUGACACUUGAGUUUCUUUGUAUAGAGCUUUUGAAGAUCUACAGGAAGAAGAAGGGCGAGCAGUUCAUUCUAGGUAUUAUUACUGGAUUCUUUCCACUGUGCUGAUGAAUAUAUAACCGGUAAAAUGGGGUGGCGGGGGGAAAUGAACUGUUUUUAAGAAAGCUUUUCUCAUAUCGUAACAUUUCACAAUAAAAGUAGAAUUAUUUCUACUAAGCAUUCUUUUGGGUCACUGAAGUAUCACUUUGUUUUUCUGGAGCACGUGUCUGUCUCAUGGAGGUGAAGAGCAACACUUCAUGUGCAUGGAGUUUUGUGUGGGGAUGGUCUGGAACGUUUCUGCCAGAGAAGGCAGCACCUUGCUGUGUUAGUACUGGUUGGGUGUACGGGUCAGUCGCUGUCUCCAUGUGUCGGGGUUACAACAGGGCCUGCUCUGUGGUGGGCACUGCCCUGCUGUCCCCUGCUGAUGGCCUUGUGCUUAACCAGGGUAAGGGCAGCAGCUUCCCCCAAGCAAAUGAGCUGCCAGACUUCUCUGGCCAGAAUUUAGCCAUAAUCUUCAGUUGUGUUUUCUGUCCCGACACAUCGAUUGCAGUGAUUAGUGUCAGCUUUGUCCUGUCAGCCCCCUGCCAAAGUCCAGUUCAGUGAGGUGCUUUAUCCUACAGAACAUCAGGAGGCAGCUCCAACCGUAAGUUCCAGUAAAAUUUACAUCCUUAACGCAUCCCAGCCCAGAACAAACGUGCCUUCCUGAUACCAACUGUGUUGUAGGUGUGUUGGGAGGCUUUUACUUGCUGUCUGUGACUGUCCAGCUCAUUGUGCUGCAUAGUACAGAGCAUUUUAAGAUAACGGGAGAAUCUCUGAGAUGGCUGUGAGGUGAACUCAACAUAUGUGCGUUGUUUACUUUAGUUAUUCGUUACGUUGCAAUCUUAAUCGCUUCAGUGAACCCUGACCACCUCUUGUCAGCAGUAUACGUGCUUCAAAAACUGCCGUGACACUUCCUUGACGUUGCGUGCCUUGAGUGAGAAGGAAGGCUGCCUGAAUGAAUCUGACUGUCACGAAUUGGACAUUUUGGUCACCCCCACAUCACAGAAUCCAUGUCCUAUGUGUACCUCCUCUUAUGUUAAUGGGAAUAUUUCAAUACUGUCAUCUUUCAAACCUCUUGGCUCUUCUUGGCAGGGCUGUGCUGACCUGCCUGCUGUUCCUACUUAGCACAUUAAAAAGGCUGCUACUCUGCGAACGGCUGUAGGAUCCUAUAGCUGUGGAAGCCAUUUAGACUGUCUUUAUGUAAAUAAAGUGAAGCUGGCAACAGUGUGAAUGAGAAAAUGCUUUUCUGGUCAUUAAAUACAGUUUUGUCAAAUGUUUCUCUGAAACUUCCAGUUUUCUUCAUUUCAGAACAUGUUUUGAGAGCUAUACUUAUCACAUGCUGGAAGGAAUUUUGUUUUAACAUUUCAUUUUUAUUUUAUUUUGUACACAGCACAGAGGUCAUGUACUUUCUAAUGCCUGUAUUUUUCCAUAAAUCAUCUUUGAGGUGUGGUCAGUGGCUCAGACUUUUUUUGCUUAUUUAAUACUAGAUUUAUCUGACUUAAGUUGUCAAUCUUCCAGUGGUAGCUUAUUGCUACUGUGUCAGUCUGUAUUGUUAACGGUGUGUUUAAUAAAAAAAUGUUUGGGUUAUUGCACUUAGAACACUUUCUCCUCUUUGCACAUCACUCAAAAUAAGUUUGUAGUUUUAGUUAACUUUUUUCCCCUCCCUUUUAUACCCGUAACAUGGAAAACCAAGCCAACUCCAAUCCAAAGUACACUUCUCACUAAUUCAAAGAAAACCUGCAUUGGGGAACAAAUAGGGUACAACUUUCUUAACUUCUCUGCUGUUUCCAUGGUCUGUUAUAAAAUACUGAGUAGUGAUGGACAGUCAGUGGUGGUCAGCUGAGUGUAGACUUUAUUUAGUAUCAUCUUAGAAUGAGUGAUAGUUGGAGGAGAUUGAUCAGUGAUUGCUCUCUUCUGCGUAUUAAAGUCAGAAAAAAUCAGUAAAGAACAUAUUCAACACAGCUUAAUGUAAAACAGUUUAAUUGGAGUUUGUGCCAAAAAACUUUGGAAGAAGCAGUAUUUAGGUUUUUAUACAGAGGCUUCCAUGCUGCUUCUGAGCUUGGCAGCUUAAUUCUCAGUGCAAAACCAGUUCCCUCUGUGGUACUACUUGUCUCUCGUAUCAGUAAGAAGGGAAAGGCUCUUCCAAGUGUUGGACUUACUUUGUUCAAAGGUGUUUUUUUUUAUUCUUUGUAUAUGAAAUAAGAUUUCCAGUAAAGGUGGAAUAUAAUUAUGGUUAUUCCUUUUCCCUUUAAGGUUUACUGUAAUAGUUCUCCAUGUCAUUGCUCCAUAUCAUGAUGUGAGAACAAACCAGAGCCAUCUGUAUAAUGAUGAUACCCGAACAGGUACUCACCUAAGUUUUUCUUACCUAUGUUUCACUGUACAUGCGCUACACUAUGGAGCGCUGGCUCGCCAACCGUGGCUUUGUCCCUAGGGGUGCUGCUGAGCACCCAGAGGAAAACCAGCCCUGUUCAAGAGUAUGACCCUGCUCUGGGACACAUGGCAGAGGGGUGAUGGUAGCUGCCGGUGGGCCUGAGGGAUGCUGAGAGCUGGUGGUGCCUCUGGGUGGGGAAUGGGAGCUGGGAGAGCUGUGCCCCACUGCGGGGGGAUGAACACAGCGGCCUCCCCUCCUGCUCCCUUGCGGUUCGGUGCUGGUGGUGCAAUGAGUUUUUACAGAACCGUCUCCUAGCUGAGCUGGGUGCAGUAACUAGCAGCCGGGUCCAAGAGCUGGAGGCACAGGAGCUGGGAGACGGCGUUGUGCAAGGUGUGCAGACUGGCAAGGCACUUUGCCUCUUCUUCCAGCGAGUCCAUAAAAUGGAAGCAGCCCUCACCCCUGGUCUGCUGAUGCUAGGGAAGUGCUGAGCAGCGCGUGCUUCCAGAGCAAGAAAGAACUUGUAGUGACCAAAAGUACUGAUUGAGAGUAAACAGCAUUCCCAGUCCCAGGUGACAUCUGAAAAAUAACAUUUAACACCAGUAAUUUCAGAGCUGAGAUGGUUUUUGGUUUGUUGGUUGGUUUUUUUUUUCAGUCACUGAAGUGUGGUGAGAUGCUGAGUUUUACUUUUGCAUAUAAAAGGGAGAGACUAGAGUAGCCAACAACUGGAGCUGGGCUGUUCAUUCACAGCCCAGUGACUGUAGCAAUACAAAGGAUAAGCAGAAUCACGGUCCUAAAAAUGUAAGACGUUCUCUCUAGUCUGCAUGAAUAAAUGAUGGAUGAAAUGACUGCUGUACUGUAAAUGGAAUUUAUAAUGUUAAUGAUACAAUACAGUCUCUUGCCACAACGGGUCCAUUCCCAAGUCAUAUAUAAAGUCUUUCUCGUCUUCUUAGGUUGAUUGGAAAGGAGCCCAAUGCCUUAUUCUUUAGUGCAAAUAAAUGUAAGCUAAGCAGCCUUGUACAUCGGAUAUCGCUGACACGAGACCUUCUAGCCAUACGUACCUGUCUGCUAAGGCCUCGACUAAUUUGCCACAAACUCCCAGGCAAAUAGUGAGAGAAAUGAAAGUGAAGGUGGUUUGAGUGCACAUGACAUUUGGUAUUGGGAAAACAUGGAAAACUCUGUUUUCUAGCCUGGCAGGCUUCGCUGGUGUGGCUGUCCAGUUUUGUCACUGAUUUCGCUGUUGCAUCAAGCAAGAACUCCCUUUGCUACAAGGAAAUCCCAUCAGUUUCCUCUCUCUUUAUUUUAAACCCUGAAGUAGCACAGAGUGGGGUUGGGAUGGAGCGUUUGGAGCCCAGUAUUGUUCCUGGCCAGGAGAGAAGGUAGUUACAUGAUAAAAAUGGGUGGGUUUAGGCUUUCCUCGCACGUCUCAUCCUGCAGUGAAACUUGUUACAACACCUAGAGAAUCAAAAUGAUAAAGGAGCCUUUAGGACAGUCUGAAGCUCUUCUCUGCAUCUCAAAUCAGCAUGGGAUUUUUAGCCAGUUUCUGCAUGAUAGUGGCCAGACUUUCCAACUCCCUGCCAGAAGGGCUGAGAAGAGGGUGAUACAAAGCUCUGCUCUUAUUUCUGAGCAAGAACGCUGAGCUCCUCCAUUAUACUUUGUUUUAUUUACAUUUGGGACUUUUCACAAGCGCCAAUUAUAGAACAGAAUUGGUUGGUGAGACCAUUAAUUUUAUUACCGCUAAAGCAUUGGUUCUCUCAUCACUCCAGCCUCCGCAAGGCUCCUUACUAAUCACUCUUGUCGAUGAGAUGUCUGCUUCCUCAUCUUUAAAAAAAACAAAUAACAUACCUGGUAAGUACCAAUGGAAAUUUUUUUCCCCCUCCUUCUGUCUCCAUCUCCCAGGGACUGUAGGCUUAACAUUUUAUCUGGCGAGUGAGCAAAUACGCAUAAACCCAGACUGCUGUUGACUCCUCUGCAGCUGGGGCGCGGGCUCAGCCUGGCCGCAGCGAUCUGUCACACCAGGCACAUUUUUGUUGCUCUGGGGCUUUUGGUUAUUUAGAUCUGCUAGUACUCUAAAUAGUUAAAAACAGUAGAAUUUGAGGUAAACAAGAAAAAUCAAAAGCUCUACUUGUACUGUUUGAAGAGGUCACUUUUGUGCAGACAGAAGUGUAAUUUUAAAACUUUUUCAAAUGAAUCAAAUGCCGGCUGCGCGCCGGCAACAGGAUACACAUGAAAACCUCUUGAAAGAGCGCAAGUGGCUUUUCUCAGAAAGAGAAGUACCUUUUGGUUAACCUUUCCACAAGUAAAGUAUCAGGCUCAUUGGACAACUUCUCCCAUUUGGAAGCAUUAACUGAUGUACAAAUGUUUCUAUCUUAAAGAAGAUGAACUUUCAGAUCUGCAGAUACUUGCGGUGAUGGUUUCGCUCUGUAUUGUUUCAAUCCUGCUCUAUUCUCCUCGUGUAGGGACCCGUGUGCUAACGGAUGCCUGCAGUUAAUGCAUCUUCAGCCCUGAAGCCUUCAGAAGCUUUAAAUUACUUUCUUUAAAACCAAGUUUAAGUUUCGUGUGAGAGGGUGGGGUUUUUUUUCUGUCUUGCAGUGGUUUGUGUGAUGUGAUUGCAAGUUCUCCAGCACCAUUGGCCAGACAAAGUGCCACCCUGCUCUGCAAGGCGCCAGGCUAGCUUUGUGUCUGAGCCUGCAGAUGAGCUGCGCAGCCCCUCAGCAGGCAAGUCUGAAACUCCCCCUCUUGGCUCUGCCCUCGCUUACAGUCUAAAGGCCAUUUGGUUUCUGUCGUGAGAUGAAGCAUGUCAACGUUUGUCCUUUGCAGUUACUAUUUCACAGAGGGCUUUGCUUCUGCAUGACUAGGAAGAGCCUGAGAGUGGUCUAUGUAGUGUGGAGGGUGGACUUGUUCCCCAACAUUUUUCAGGCUUCCUUUGGCAUAGCUGCUGGAGGGUUAGCACCACAGCUUUCUGCUUCUGGUUGAAGUGACAGAAUUAUUCAUUGGGAUUUGGUUAAAGAAGGUCCAGGACUGAACAUUACUGGUAUUCUGGGUUCAUAGGGAGGUGACGCCGCCUCUGAGCUGAAUUAGGAAGCCAGUGUUGUUUUACCUUAAAAACAGACAAACCCAACAAACCCAACAACCCCCAAACCCAACAACCAAUACCCAAUCAACCAAGAGAAAAUCCUUUAAGCCUAAAACGGUCUAGAGCAGCGGUCUAUCACCUUCAGCAGUCUUUGUGCCUGGGCUGUUCUGAGCUUUGUUGUGCCCUUCUGAGGUUAUUUUCUACAGGAAUUUGGUGCUGCUGCUUGGCCCAUUUCUGUUUGCAUCACAAUAAAAGUGUGUGUUUGCAGGGAAUCCGCUGGGUGCGGAGUGGGACACAGCUUUAUGAAGUAGUAAAUUCUCGGUUGCUUAAUCUAAUAUUCUAGAGAAAAACACUAGUGCAGGGGAAGGAGAACGUUGCUUCACCUUCCAGAAGGACCAUUAGAGAUCUUGAUCUUGUUACUGUCUUUUUUAUGCUAUUACUUGUAAGAACAGCAAUGUAUGAAGAUUUUAAAACCUACUGCAGUCAGAAAGUACAAAGAAGGAGUGUGUCAAUACCAACAGACAGCGACCAGCUGCAUUAAAGGGAGCCAAUGCUUGCGCCAUCCCAGACCCUCAAAGACCAAAUCUCAGCAGAUUGAGUUUAACCCUCAUUUAUUUUAUGGUGGAUUAACUAAGCCCUGUGACCUGUCUCUGCGAUGUUAAACACUGCUCAAACGUGCACCAGAUUUGUGUUGCUCUUUGAUGUGACAAUAUCUGUCCUGCACCUUGGCUCCUGUUUUCUUCUCCUAUUUCAAAGUACAAGUUCUCUGCCUCCCUCUCCGUGGAGGCGGCUGCGUUUCGGGGGCACUGGCUGUGUACACAGUAAUUGCAGUGUCAAGCUGGAAGGCACUGCAGGCUCUUGCACUUUUGAAACAUGG